UUUAAGGAGGCACGUUGUUUAACAAAAAUAGCACUUUUUGGAAGCAUUGAGCUAUACCAAGUCCAUUCUGUCAGUUCCGUCAAGAAAAAAUGCGGUCAUUAAUUUACCACACGCUUGUGUAGGCUGCACGAGUAUGAGCAAUUAUGUAAACAUGGAUCACUGUAUGCAAUUGCUCUACCUGGCUGUGCCCGCAUAUGGGCUUUACGCAGUGUGUUCUAGUUUGUAUGACACAUGCAGACGAGGCAAAUGUGUUGUUUUUGAGUCCAGAAGAAGUCUUCCAUGUUAUCUCUACCUUUAUGUGAGAUAUAAAUUCCAAGCUUUUCGUAAAAUAAGAGGUCAGCUGUAUCCUGUCGGCGACAAGAAUGUCAACCCCACGUUUACUAUUCUCACCUGCAGGCUCAGGGAGGAUGAGUUGAGAUGGUAUUGCUGGGCAGCGGGCUAUGGGUGGGACUACCCCGACAGUGUCUUCAGGGACGUCCCCCUGGCCUUCUGCCAUGUGCUCUGCUGUCGCCUGCUGGCCAUGAUCACGUCCUCCAGUAACUUCAGACUCUGUCCACAAGGUCUUGUCCAUGUCCGCCAAACGCUAAGGAAGUAUGAGCCCAUUGAUGAGCUGAAGAAAGCCCCUUUCCGUCUGCAGGCAGGCGUCACCGAAUACAGACCAGUGGACGGUGGCGUGGAAGUGGACAUCUGCUUCAAGGCUCUGCGAAUGGAGCAGCCAAUCUGGGAGAGUGUUGUGACCAUGCUCUCCCCGAGAAAGGGACCAGUUCCACAUGAUCAGCCUUGCGCCCCUGGUUUAGAUGGGGCAACUGACAUGAAGUCUGUGACGGUGAAAGUCCCGUUGCUGGCCGGCCUGAGGGCAGCCUGGGCCUUCUGUGAUGUCUCCCUGAAGAACCUGCUGGUUCUGCCGUCCAGACUGGCCAUUGUGGGCCUUACCUCAUCUCACGGUCUAUGGAUGCUGUCGCAGUGCUUUGCAGAGAUCGAGAAGCACAAAGCUUGGCAGCUUAUCACAGCCCUCCCCUUCAUCCCACCUACAGGGCCUGAUGCUGUGCGACCCCCACUGCGAGUGUCUGUCCAGUUUGGACACCCCAUGGUGCUGCCCAGUAGGGGAGCUGCAAUCCGCUUCUGGGCAGCCAAUGGCAGAGAAGACGUGGACGGACGAGAGGACACGAACGUUGCGUACAGGUUUCAGCUCCAUGACGAGGCCAGAGGAAUCUGCCACCUUAUUGGAGAGAUGCUCGGGGAAUCUGGCUGA